UCCCACUGUUCACAUUCAUCUUCAACAUUUCAAAAGAUGAAAAAGCUCUGGCGAUUGGCUGCUCCCCUCUCUUCCUCCAUCCUCGAUAUUCGCUCCUUUUCUUCCUCUCCAUUGUUGGCCUUCGCUCCCCUCUCUUCCUCUCCAUUGUUGGCCUUCGCUCCCCUCUCUUCCUCUCCAUUGUUGGCCUUCGCUCCCCUCUCUUCCUUUCAAAUCCUACCACCCUAAUACUUUGAUUUUGACCCACUGCACCCAAUCGUUUAAUUCUCUCUCUGAUUCACACACCAGGUGUGAGGUCUAAAACUCCAAGGAAACAAAUUCACAUCCACAUUCACAGUUUGUGUAGGAUUAGGACCUGGAGAGUUUUUUCUUUGCCUUGGAAGAUUGUAGCUGGUGACUUUUACUGCUCUUGGUGUGUCGAUUGCAGCUGCAAGCUUUUACUAUACACUUUCCCUAUAUUUCUUUUUUAAUCCUUUGACCCCCUAGAACUUUGACUUAUGCCUCCCUUCCUUCUAUGUAAUAUGUAUAUGUAAAUGGCCAAGGAAAUGUCUAAGUAUAAUUUAAAUUAAUAUCUCUUAAGAAGGAAAGUGAAGAAUGUAAGUUUACUAAUUGUAAAGAAAAUGAUAGGGGGCAAGAGAUUCCAAGGAAAAGUGGCCAUUGUGUCUGGUUCCACUCAGGGCAUAGGCUACACCAUUGUGCACCAUCUUGGCUUGGAAGGUGCAUCUGUUGUCGUCUCUUACCACAACAAGAAAUUUGAAAAGAUAGAUGUGAUUGUUUCAAAUGCUGCUGUCAAUCCAAUGGUUGGCAAAAACGCAACCACAAUUAUGGGAACCCAAGAAUCCAUUCUCAACAAGAUGUGGCAAGUAAAUAUCAAAGCUCAUAUUCUUCUUAUGCAGUUAGACGCUCCUUACUGUUUCGAGGAGAUCAAUGGAGUACGGGAUGAGUGGGUCGAAUUUGUGAAGCCUUUGAUUAUUGAUUGAGUUCAAGGUUACCACUUUUUGUUAUGAUACGCGGGAUAUAAGUUUAUGAUUGUUGCUAUUAACUCUUUUGUAUUAUGUAAUUAUUUUAUAGAUAGUUUUUGUGAUACAUGGAAUAUAAGUUUUAUGAUUAUUUCUAUUAACAAUUUUAGUAUUAUGUAAUUAAUUAAUAAUUAGUUUUAUCGUUAUCGAUUAUAGAAU